CACAGGACCAGCGGAGCGCCACCAUUUCCACAUCACCGUUCAACUAGCGGGCAUAUCAACAGGGAGACAAUCUUGGCUCGUUUGAUACUGUGAUUUUGGCAUAAUUGAAUUGCUGACGUCUGUUUUCAUUCGACUUUUGGCUUCUUAACCCGACCAACUACACAUACUGAGCUGCCGCAAUGGCGCGAACGAAGCAAGUCCCGGUUCGCCGCGAAUCGUCGUCCGAAUAUUUCAACAAGGAGACCGCUACAUGGGAGAAGGCGAGCGGCAAGCAAGGAGCCAAUGGCGCCAGUGACAAGCAAAAGGGCUCUGCGGCGCAGGCCCCGGAAGCCGGUGUUCUGCAGCUCGUCAUUGCCGUAGCUGGUAUCUACGCCUCCUUCCUGACAUGGGCAUAUCUUCAAGAGAAGCUCACAACAACACGACACGGCCCCCCCGCUGCCCCCGAAGUAUGGCACUUCCCCGUCUUCCUCAACACGGUCCAGUCCUUCUUUGCUGCCGCCGUCGGCUGCGUCUACCUGUUCGCCACGACUCCCAAGGGAAGCUCUCUCCCGCCGAUCAUCCCCUCGAGCCGUAUUCUCGCCCCUCUGGCCCUUGUUGCCAUCACCAGCAGUCUCGCCAGCCCCUUUGGAUACGCUAGUCUGGCGCACAUUGACUACAUUACUUUUCUGCUCGCCAAGAGCUGCAAGCUGCUGCCCGUCAUGUUCCUGCACAUCACCGUCUUCCGCAAGAGCUACCCUCUGUACAAGUACCUCGUUGUUGCGGCCGUUACUCUUGGCGUUGCCAUCUUCACGCUGCACUCUGGCCGCAAGAGCAAGAAGUCGACGCGCUCCGACGACGCCAACAUGGCGUGGGGCAUGCUCCUGCUCUCCAUCAACCUGCUCUUUGACGGCCUUACCAACAGUACCCAGGACUACAUCUUCCAGACCUUCCGCCCGUACACUGGCCCGCAGAUGAUGUGCGCUAACAACAUGAUGAGCACCCUUGUCACUGGCUCCUACCUCUUGCUCAGCCCCUUCAUUGUUUCCACCGGAAUUGGCGAGUGGAUUGGCAUGGACGUUGCGGGAAGCGCUGGCGAGUUGACGGCUGCUCUGGACUUCAUGCGCCGCUACCCUGCUGUGUGGAAGGAUGUUCUUGGCUUCGCCGCUUGUGGUGCUGUCGGCCAGGUCUUCAUCUUCUACACUCUGUCGACCUUUUCUUCUGUCCUGCUCGUCACUGUAACAGUCACUCGAAAGAUGUUCACCAUGAUCCUCUCCGUCGUCGCCUUUGGCCACCGUCUUACCCAGAUGCAGUGGCUUGGCGUUGGUCUCGUCUUUGGUGGUAUUGGCGUCGAGGCUGCCAUUGCCCGCCGGGAGAAGAUUGCUAAGGAGGCUGCCAAGGCUGGAAAGAAGGAAAAUUAGAACGGGCACAUCUAAAGAGACUAUCCCUUUUGAAGCUUCUCGUAUAUACUCAAAAUUGUAGAAUCGGCGCAACCCUUCUCGCGGAUUCACUGAUAGACAGUACAUAGGCACGGAAAUCAUGGUUUUAUUUGGAGAACAGAGAAAUAUUUUGAACAUAGCGGUACACAUUAUAUUUUUCGUGUUAUGGAUGUAACUACAAGACCCAGGGCUCUACUCCUAUUGACAAGUCUCCUUCAACAAAGGCCCUGGAUACUCCUGGUAAUAAUGCCGAAACUGCUCGUCGCCCAUGCGUCUUCGACCCUAUGAACGCUUGCAAAAAGCACCUGCACCUGCAUUAUGUCUUCCCGUAAAAACCGACCGACCCAAACAAAGAAAAAAACGCAAAGUAAAACAAAAUGCUGAAACGAUGAAGUAUAUGUAAACCCUGGCGAUGCAGAUGAUUGAAUAGGACGUUUGCGUAAAAAGAUGCGCCAGUGAGUCAUCAAGGAACAGUCCGUAUGCUGGAAUAUGUAGCCAUGGCGGCGUAUCAAACACUGGACCAAUUUUGGCCUGCAGAUGGUCGUGCUGAUAAGGAAUGUAUCGAUCAAAAGGAAAAGAAGAGCCGACAGUCUACGGCAAGUGUAGUGGUGUGUAUUGCAUGGAUGUCGUGAAUAUGUCGUUAGAUGAGAUUAUCGAUGGACCUGGUAAUCUGUGCCUCACCUCGCGUUGGCGGACUGCGAGGAUCUGCAACUGGAGGAGGGCGCAUAACGAGGGAAAAGGGAUCCUUGGGAAAUCCGCCCAGACGUGGAGAAAAGAGACCAACGGUUGGUGUUGGCGGGCUCUCGAUGAAGCGCGCUAGAGACGGCUCGUGCGUUGCCCAUAGAGGCUUCGUUGUCAUGGUUUCCGCGCGCGGGGACAUUAGGUCACUCAUAUCGGGGAAUGUAGGGACAGGCAUCGCGAUAGUCCUUGUUACGACGUGAGAGGUAAAGGGACUCGGCUUCCUCAUAGCUUCCGCCCCAAUGGGGGCAGACGGCUGCUCCUGAAUGCUGCGCAGAGGUAGGCUGCGAAAGCCCAAGCUAGAACGCGGUCUUGGUUCGGAUGCUUGUGCCUUUGACAACAUGUCGGCCAUGGAGCUCGGUUGCGAUUGGCCAAAGCCAGAUUUUGGUCGCGGCAGGGACUCUCCGACAUGGAUUGGAAUAAAGGGGAUUGGCGGUGCAGGGCGUUGCGGUUCUGGCGGGAUGACGUUUGGCGCCGGUGACGCUUCUGCCAGCACCUCAGGAACCUCUUCCUCAGGUGUGCUUAAUUCUCUCCAUGACGAGGUUAGUGGUGCCGAAGCUGGUCCUGGUGCAAUGGGCAUAUCAGGCGUCGAGUUUCCGCGGGGUCGGGUUGGGCUCUCAUCGAGCUGUCGAGCGCCGCUAGAUUCGUUGCAAGUUGGGAGUGGUGCCGUCUUUGGCUCCUUGGGAUCCAUGGGAAUAGCAUCGGCGGACAAUGUGAGGCGGUGCUUGGUUGGGCUACGGCCUGUGCGUGGCCUAUAAGCGGUUGGCGGGGACAGCUUACGAGAGACCUCUUUUUGAAAGUCCUGCAACGAGUACAUGAGCUUCAUGUUGGGGCUAAUCCACUUGCUCUUGGCUUGUGCUGCAUAGUAGGCAUCGUUGACACUCAAUGCCGGAUUUUGGAAUAAACCAUAGGCAAUGAUAAGACUGGCUGAACGACUAGCUCCUUGCUGACAGUGAAUCAAAACUCGCUUGCCUUGCUUGGUACGAGCAUCGAUCUUUUCACAAAGCUCCAUCAGAUCAGGUGAAAUAUCCGUGUUAUGGUCCCAGUCCAUAUGGAUAUACUCGGGCUUUUGAAGCGGGAUGGCUCUGGGUGUUGUUGGUGUCUCGACGGAGCUAUCCGUGGGAGAAGCCUGGUACUCAAGUGCCGUGGCAAAUGUGCAAUCCGUCGCCGCAGUAUCAGGAACAGGGCUGACGUCAGCAGGGAAAUGUGAAGGCGUUUUGCUUGGCUGCUCAAAGGGAUCCUGAACCUCACGAGCGACGUUGAAGACCACGUCGAAUUUGGACGCUUCUGCGGCGGUGGGCUCCAAGUAUAAGAAGACGUUGUCCCCGUAAAUUGCCACAGGGCCAUUAGGAUAGGUAGGAGACUUCUGGUCUUCGUUGUUCACGCGCUCAUCGUAGGGCUCAUACUCCGUAAAGUUGGCAACCUGCGUCUUGAUAGAUGCUGGCUCCUCGUGGAUGGUGUUGUCGAAGCUAUCCUCAGUUCCGGUUUUCAUAGGGCGCAAGAAAUCUGAGAGCCCAGACUCAUUACGCUCAAGCAUCUUGGGCAUGGGAGGAAUGUCGCUGGAGGUAGUGACUACUCUUGCCAGCAUAUGCGGCGAAGAGGUAGAGUGUUUGAGGGCUCUUCUUUGAAGAAUAGGAGGAAGGGCUGGAGAGGCUGGCACCGCCAACUUGGGCCCGCCCAGCAGACCGGUUGUGUUGGUGUUCAGGCUCAGCAAGCUGGGCUUUCGUCUCAUUCCAGGUAUCGUAGGCUUAAUGAAGGCGGGCGUUCCAGGAUCGGUAGUCUGUACUUGGGACCCUGAUGAUGACGGGGGCUGAAUGGACAGGUUCUUCAUAUUACGCGGCCGUCUUGGUGCCGGGGACGUCAUCGGUCGCUGAAAUGUACUGCUCGGCUCUGGAAGAGCCGCAAUAGGGGAUGUUACAAUCGUCGUGCCAUCGAAACUUGAACCGGGAUAACUGUGUAGUGGGAUUAGGUGGAUGGGAGAGUCGGGUGAGGAUGAGGGCGAGCCAUCUGUCAGAGGAGACGAAUCAGUCGUUGAGAUUGUUGUGGGAGACGAAUCGGUAGAUGCGGAUAAUUCAGACGAAUUGCUGUUGUGGUGUUUGUGGUCCGUAUGGAUAUGCCCAUGUGUGGAAGGGUGGGCGAUGGCAGGCGCCUUUGCGCUGAGGUCUGCCAUUUUUGGGUUAACCAAAGUGACUGCGUCACAAUCAACCAUGGGAUCAGUCAAUAGAUCAAAUACGGACAUAAACGUCGGUAUUUGAUCCUCAUAAACUUGUCGCGCAGCUGCGGACGGCAUGGUUUCCGACGUGGUGCUUUUGAUUGUUGGCGCACCACUGGUUGUCGGGCUGGGAAAUUCUGCUUUUAGAGGAGAAAGGUAGGUGCCCAGACUGUGUAGUUCGAGGAGGAUACCGAGGUGACUAUCGUGAUUAACACCCUCUCUAGUUGCGUUUUGUAACCAAGCAAAUCUCGUUUGGUGUUGGCGAGCGGACAGCGCUGCUGGAUCCGUUUGUUGGCUCUGCUAGGCAAAACGUCGACAGGCAAGACUUGAGUGAGGUUCUUGGCUGCUUAUUGCCCCAGUAAGGUUUUGUAGAAAAAGAGAGAAGACUGAAGACGAAAGGAAGGCCGUCGUAUAGGUUCCGCGUUUGUAACUAGGCCGUCAGGUCGUGAGACGAGCGCAAAACGAGGACGAUGGCGGUUCAAAGAGGCGGGCAAAGGACCGAGUUUGGUAGGUAUCUCGUCGGUCGAAUAGAAGGUUCGAAGGAGAAUUAAGUUUAAAAUAGGCGGCUGUCGGUCUAUCGCGAGGAUCGUGAGGGAGUAAAGAGACCAAACUGUUCCACCUUGUUCAGCGUCCACACAUGAUCACACGCUGGCAAAUGGGACGACCGAGAUGCUUGUUGGCAGACGAAGCGAAAGAGAAUGCAAUGGUCGAAGGCGCGAAGAACCGGUGCUGGCGAGGGGAGGAAAGGAGACAAAGCAAAGAUGCACCGGAAAGGAUUCGCACAAACGACGCUGGUGGAUGUGAAGAAGGAGAGGAAGUGUGUCGACUGGCGAAAGGGCGUCUGGGUAGGAAGAAGGUGGUGGAGGUUAGUGAGCGCUUGCAGCGAGAAGAGCGGGUUG